AUGGCACGCCUAUCGACUUUUCUCGUCGUCCUCUUCGUGGCCUCAGUUGUCUCCGGCCAAUCUCCGACUAGUGCCCCUCGAGCCGCCCCGCAUGCCGCCCCAACAGCACAACCCGUGGCAGCUCCCGCCCAUGCUCCAGCCAGCCAACCACCGGCCGCCGCCAGCUCGGGACCUUCUCCGGUUACAGCCUCGCCGGAGGAGGAGCCUUUGUCUCCCCCGGCCCUUGCCCCCGAAACCGAGGCUCCGCUUGCCGAUGCCCCGACAGAGUUGGCCCCCAGCACUGCCCCGGAAGCUGAUUCGGCAACCGGAGGAGCUGCCGGAAUUGAGGUAUCUGCCGCCGUUGCUGUGGUGGCUGCCGCCGCUGGGUACUUGGUGUUAUAA